AUGGCUUCCACUUUCGUUUCUCUACCAAAACCCUUCUUUGCUUUUCCGGUCAAAACCAUUUCUCCUCCUUCAGCUAAUCAGAAGCUUCUCGGGACUCGAAGAGGUUGUCUUAGAAUCAAAGCGAUUUCAACGAAAUGGGAACCGACAAAGGUUGUUCCUCAAGCUGACAGGGUUCUUGUUCGUCUUGAAGAGCUUGCUCAGACAACCACAGGUGGAGUAUUGUUGCCUAAAGCAGCUGUAAAGUUUGAGAGGUACCUAACAGGAGAGGUCGUCGCUGUUGGUUCUGAGGUUGGAGAACAAGUUGGCCCUGGAAAGAAGGUUCUCUUCUCUGACGUGAGCGCUUACGAGGUCGAUUUGGGAACCGGUGCUAGGCACUGCUUUUGUAAAGAGAGCGACUUGUUGGCCCUCGUCGAGUGA